AUGGCUUCGUCCCCGGAGACUGCUCCUCCUUCCGAUGAUUCCUCAUCAUCGACCCCACCUUCUCCCCCAACUUCCAAUCUAUCGCCAUCAAAUUCCUCCUCAAACUCCUCCUCAUCACCCCCAUCAGACUCCUCAUCCUCACCCCCAUCAAACUCAUCUUCAUCAACACCUCCCGCAUCGUCACCGCCUCCGUCCACCACACCACCACCAACCACGGCGGCCUCACCCCCGCCAACAAUUUCGCCACCCACUUCCCCCCCACCAUCAGGAAAUGUCUCCCCGCCUUCACCUGACUCACCGCCGGCGGAUUCCCCGCCGGCUGGUUCUCCAAAGGCCAAUUCGCCACCAGCAGAUUCGCCACCGGUAGAUUCGCCACCGGCCAUUUCUCCACCAGCCGGUUCUCCUCCUUCGAACAGCAAUAGCAACCCUCCCCCACCGACUUCCAAUAGCGCGCCUACUCCCCCUGCAGCGGCCACAACUCCGGCGACGCCAGCGGACUCAUCGGCGUCAUCGGAUAGUACUACGAUAAUCGGAGCAGUGACUGGAGGAGGAUUGAUUCUGAUAGUUAUGCUGAUCAUCGGAGUGGUGUGCAUGGCAAAGAAGAGGAAGAGGAAGCACGAACCGAUGCAGUACUAUAGAGAUCAAUCUAUGGGGGGACCCAAAGGUGGUGAAUAUUACAACAGCGGAUCAUGGCACAACCAACAGCCAAUGAACCACGUCAUGAAGGUCCCCCCGCCGCCGGGCGCAAUGGGUCAGCCGGGCGGCGGAUGGGGUGCGCCGCCCCCACCUCCGAUGAUGAGCAGCAGCGACAUGAGCGCCAACUUCUCGGGGCCGCGGCAUCCUCCCUUGCCACCACCGUCACCCGGCCUCUCCCUCGGAUUCAACCAGAGCACCUUCACCUAUGACGAGCUGGCAGCUGCCACUGGGGGGUUCGCGCAGUCUAAUUUGUUGGGGCAAGGUGGAUUCGGGUACGUGCACAAGGGGGUGCUGCCCAACGGCAAGGAGAUCGCGGUGAAGAGCCUGAAAUCAGGCAGUGGGCAGGGGGAGAGGGAGUUUCAAGCGGAGGUUGAAAUCAUCAGCCGCGUCCACCACCGCCAUCUUGUCUCCCUUGUUGGCUAUUGUAUCGCCGAAGGAAGGAGAAUGUUGGUCUAUGAGUUUGUUCCCAAUUACACCCUCGAAUUUCAUCUCCAUGGAAAGGGUCGUCCGACCAUGGACUGGCCAACUAGGCUACGCAUUGCAUUGGGAUCAGCCAAAGGGCUUGCUUACCUCCAUGAAGAUUGCCAUCCAAGAAUUAUCCAUCGUGACAUCAAAGCUGCUAAUAUUCUUAUCGACCACAACUUUGAAGCUAUGGUGGCAGACUUUGGAUUGGCCAAGUUAUCUUCUGACAACUACACUCAUGUCUCUACACGUGUCAUGGGAACAUUUGGAUAUUUAGCUCCAGAGUAUGCAUCAAGUGGCAAGCUGACAGAGAAAUCUGAUGUUUUCUCAUUCGGAGUCAUGCUCUUGGAACUCAUUACAGGACGCCGACCUGUUGAUACCACUAAUACCUACAUGGAAGAUAGCUUAGUGGACUGGGCUCGGCCACUUCUGUCACAUGCACUGGAGGAUGGCACCUAUGAUGAAUUGGUGGAUCCCCAAUUGGAGAAUAACUACAAUCCUCAUGAGAUGUCAUGCAUGGUGUCUUGUGCUGCUGCAGCUGUUCGUCAUUCUGCUAAAAGACGUCCCAAAAUGAGCCAGAUAGUGCGAGCAUUGGAAGGAGAUGCAUUGCUAGAGGACUUGAAUGACGGUGUAAAGCCCGGCCAAAGCUCAAUGUACAGCUCAAAUGGGAGCUCAGACUAUGAUACAAGCGCGUACAACGCUGACAUGAAGAAGUUCAGAAAGGUGGCACUGACGAGCCAGGAAUAUACAAGCAGUGACUUUGGAGCCACAAGUGAGUAUGGGCUCAACCCAUCCUCCUCCAGCGGAGACUCUCAGGAACUGACUCAAACAUGGAGCCACAAAAACAACAGCAGAAAACUCUGA